AUCUUGAGUUGGAUCAAGCUUUAUGGCAUAAAGCCAUCCUCAAGAAGGUUGAAAAUCGAACCUUUGAGGCUCAGAAGUUAUCUCAUUUACCAGCAAGACAACCCGUUCAUAUUGAGUUCAACAAUAUCUCAUACACAGUCAAGGAAGGGAGCAUCUGGUCCAGGAAAAGAGGAAAUAAGACCAUACUGAAGGGGCUAUCGGGGAGCUUUCUACCCGGAGAGUUGAUUGCCAUCAUGGGACCAUCGGGAGCUGGCAAGUCAUCAUUUAUGAAUGCCCUCGCCGGAUACAAAACCCGUUGCAUGAAGGGAACCGUGCUGAUCAACGGCCACGCCAGAAAUCUGCGCCAGUUCCGUAAGAUGUCAUGCUAUAUCAUGCAAGACUGUUACCUCUUACCACAUCUGAGCGUCAUGGAAGCCAUGAUGGUCUCCGCUAAUCUCAAACUCCCCGAGAAGAUCGGCCAUGGUGCGAGGAAGAUUGUUGUUGAGGAAAUACUGAGUCUACUGGGUCUGAUGGAUUGUUCUCACACGCGGACAUCCAAACUGUCUGGAGGUCAAGUCAAGCGUCUUGCCAUCGCCUUAGAGCUGGUCAACAAUCCACCGGUGCUCUUCUUCGACGAACCUACAAGUGGCCUUGAUAGCUCUUCUAGUUUCCAAUGCUUAUCUCUCCUGAAGUCUCUUGCCAGAGGUGGCCGUACUGUUAUCUGUACCAUCCAUCAACCAAGUGCCAAACUCUUUGAAAUGUUUGAUAAGCUGUACAUCCUUGGGGAAGGCCAGUGUCUGUACCGAGGAAGUAUGCAUGGUCUAGUACCCUACCUCAAAGCCCAAGGGCUUGUAUGCCCGCCCUACCAUAAUCCUGCAGACUACGUUAUUGAAAUCGCAUGCGGGGAGUACGGGAACAAGAACCCAACCUUAGCCAAACAAGUCGUUGACGGAAAAUGUGAGGAAUUUCUGAAACUUGAGCUCUCCUUGCACAGCACCAGCUCCAACAGUUUAAACAGCAACAACAGUCUCAUGUACUCGCAUUCCAACAGCGACACAGCGUCCAUGGUUGCGCUAGCAACGAUAGCAGCUGCGAAAGUCGACGGCAGUAUUACGAAUGGUCAUACGCAUUCUGGUGCGCAGACCAACGGGGUAACAACGAGGGCAGUAUUCAUGGAGGCUAAUGGCGUUUCAACACAGUCAAUUGUGAACUCAAGUGACCUGGAAGGAGGACAUUUUGCCACCAGUUUCUUCACACAGUUUUGCGUCUUAUUCAGGAGAGCAUUUCUGAUGAUAGUUAGAGAUCAGUUAUUGACUCAUAUUCGUAUCGUCUCUCACAUUGCGUGCGGUUUACUCAUUGGACUAUUGUACUUGGAUAUCGGCGACGAUGGCAACAAAGCGUUCAAUAACACUGGCUUCUUAUUCCUCUCCAUCUUGUUCCUGAUGUUCACAGCUCUCAUGCCAACUCUACUCUCAUUUCCGUUAGAGAUGGGAGUUUUUGUCCGAGAGAAUCUGAACUACUGGUACAGCAUCAAGGCAUACUAUCUAGCCAAGACAAUGGCAGACAUGCCUUUCCAGCUCGUACUACCAAUAUUCUAUUGUACAAUAGUCUAUUGGAUGACCAACCAACCACCAGAAGCUUGGCGAUUCCUGUUGUACAUUGCCAUGGCAACGAUGACAUCAUUAUGUGCGCAGUCAUUGGGACUUCUUAUUGGUGCAGGGUCCACAUCUUUGCAGGUGGCCGUCUUUGCUGGUCCCAUAUCCAGUAUACCAAUCCUUCUCUUCUCAGGUUACUUUGUCACAUUCAACACCAUCCCAACCUACCUCCAAUGGCUCUCCUAUAGCUCCUACGUACGCUACAGCUUUGAGGGCACCGUCAUGGUGGUGUACGGCAUGGACAGAGGCGACCUCGGCUGUCCAACGAACACCACGUGUAUGUUUAAGACGAGUGAAGAGGUAUUAGAGGCCCUUGAUGUUAGUGGUGCUGAGAUUUACUGGGAUUUUCUGAUCAUGUUUGGGUACUUUGUUGGGCUGCGGAUACUUUGCUAUCUGGUGUUAAGAUGGAGGGUCAGACAGCACCUUGGUUGAAUUUUUUUUUUUUAACAAAAUUUUAUUGCUUUGAUUUUUAAAAACUUUUGCAUCAGGAGUUCACCCAAUGGACAAGCUGCAUGUAGCGUACUGUGCCGAGCGGGGGAAGUUGCAGGUCACCAUGCGCUAUGUGGCCACCACAAAAAUUUGGUUGUCUUCUCGAAUUCACAUUAUGGGAAAGAUCCAUUACAAAGAGAGACUAGAAUAGAACAUCGUUUUCGUCUGGCAACUCACACCUGUUAUCUCCAUGUACAUGUAAUUUCUUUUUUGUACAGAAUGCACCCCAGUUUUUGUGAGGCCUGUAAUGGUUUUUAAGGCAUUAUAAGCCAAUCAUAAAUUAGGCAUGGACAGAGGCGACCUCGGCUGUCCAGCGAACACCACAUGUACUUUUAAAGGCAGUGGACACUAAUUGGUAAUUACUCAAAAUUAUUAUUAGCAUAAAACCUUACUUGGUA